UCAAAUCAAUUUUUAUCCAAAAAUUUCCAAAAAACAAUCGUAUUUGUGACAAAAAUGGCAUCUUUGAAAGUUUAUUCUUUAGGGAGACUCGCAAGAUACGUUACCGAAUCCACCGUGAAGACGAUGAGAGGCAGUAUUUACAGAACCACAGCCCUCUCGUACAGCACAGAAGAGAAGACAGCAGAGAAUGAUUCCAGCGACAAGCUGCCGGGCACAGUCGAGGAGUGCCACAAGCAGAUCGAAGCCCUCACCGCUGACAUGGCUUCGUUGAAGGACCAAGUCAAAGACCUUGAGGAUAAAUACAAGCGCGCGUUAGCCGACGGAGAGAACGUCCGCCGACGAAUGGUGAAGCAGGUGGAAGACGCCAAAUCCUUCGCGAUACAGAGCUUCUGCAAGGACUUGCUCGAUGUGGCAGACACACUAUCAGCGGCUGCAGAAAGCGUCCCAGAGAGCGCUUCGGACGGCGACGCGGCUCUGCGUUCAUUGCGAGACGGAGUCAAACUCACGCGGGCACAGCUCACACAGGUGUUCGCGAGGCAUGGGUUAGUGGCGGUGUCUCCUCUAAGGGAGAAAUUCGACCCCAACAUACACGAAGCUUUAUUCCAGCAGGAAGUGGAGGGAGCCGAACCCGGCACCGUGGUGGCCGUCAGCAAGGUCGGCUACAAGCUGAACGAGCGCUGCGUGCGCCCCGCGCUCGUCGGCGUCGCUAAAGGACCCUCGUCAUAAUGCACGCCCACAAACUUGCGACUUGUCGCUGCGAUUAGUCGUUGCGAUUAAUCGCAAACUCCGUAGCAAAGAAGGUGCGACUUGUCGCGUACAGC